AUGGAUGAGCGGCAGGUGAACGCAGUCGCCGCACGGAUAGAACUCGAUUUGCGGAUCGGGGCAGCAUUCACACGGCUACAGACCCUCGAACUCCAACGGCUGAGUGAGAACCUGAAAGACCAGACGAUCAGCUACGGCUCAUGCCAAUUUCCCACUCUCGGCUUCGUCGUCGACCGAUACAACCGCGUACGGAACUUCAAGCCCGAGACAUUUUGGCUUCUCAAACUAAUGCAUACGAGAGACCGAAUCAAAGUCAACUUCAGCUGGAAGCGCGGGCACCUCUUUGACCGCGCGAUUGUGACGGUCAUCUUCGAGGCAUGUCUAGAUGCGAAACUCGCGCAGGUGACGAAAGUGCAGAAAAAGCCCACUUCGAAGUGGCGCCCGUUGCCGCUCACGACUGUUGAGUUGCAGAUCCAGGGCAGUCGGUUCCUGCACAUGACCAGCGCGCAGGUUAUGUCAGUCGCUGAGAAGCUGUAUACCAAGGGCUUCAUCAGCUAUCCGCGCACCGAGACGGAUCAGUUCCCGCGAGAAUUCGACUUUCAGACGCUGAUUCAGCGCCAGGUCCAGGAUGAGCGCUGGGGUCAGUAUGCGCAGGGCCUCUUGGGGGAGGGCGGCGCGUUCCGGACGCCGCGUGCAGGGCGCCAUAAUGAUCAGGCUCAUCCGCCUAUUCAUCCGGUCAACUAUGUUGCGCCGACGGCGUUAGACCAGAAUGAGAAGAAAGUCUAUGAGUUCGUUACGCGGCGGUAUCUGGCGUGCUGCUCUGAGGAUGCAAAGGGCGAGGCUACGGAUAUUGAACUAUUAUGGGGGACGGAGACAUUCCACACACAUGGCCUACUGGUGCUGGAACGUAACUACCUCGACGUCUACCCCUACGAUAAGUGGGAAAGUAGCCAGCAACUACCUGCAUUCACGGUGGGAGAAACUUUCGAACCGACAGAAGCAAACAUGGUAGAUGGCAGGACUACUGCACCAGGAUACCUCACCGAACCCGAGCUGCUCGCCUUGAUGGAUGCAAAUGGGAUCGGCACCGAUGCCACCAUGGCUGAGCAUAUUUCCAAGAUCAAAGAACGUCUCUACGUCGACACCCGAGCUCGUGGAGGUGGAGGCGGCGGUGGGCGAACCGUCCAAGAGUUUAUCCCGACCACGCUUGGAGUAGCUUUGAUCGAAGGUUAUGACAAUGUGGGUCUCGAUGUCAGUGUUAGCAAGCCCUUCCUCCGCAAGGAGAUGGAACUGAAGAUGAAGGCGAUCUGCGAGGGACGGCAGACGCGCACGGACGUGGUACAGCAAAGCUUGGAUCAGUAUCGUGAAGUCUUUGUGAAAACCCAGCGUGACAUUGACGUGCUCAAACGUUCGGUGACGAAAUAUGUUGUCAACGGUGGUCGUGAGUGA